AUGGAUGCCCAACCACUCACCACGCCUGCCCUCCCACGUGACCCCGCCUCGCACUCCUACAAGCUGCAUACACCCUUAAACCAUGAGCGCGCCUCGCCCGAGCCUGAAUGCGAGGUCCGCCGGUCAUGGUCGCUCAAGAGGCUGCUGAGCGGGCGCGGGAGCCGCCGGUAUCGCGUGCUCGAGCGGGAGCCGAAUCGGCUACGGAAACGUGUCAGUGCGUGA